AUGAAGAUGAAGCUAAAUUGUAAUAAUGAAAACACAUCCAAUGAAUUUUGUAUUCAUACACCCGUUAUAACUUGCUGGAAUAAUCAAUUAGAUAAAAUUAAGACCAUAUGUCUUAAAUAUAUACCAGAUUGUAAAGAACUAGAAGAUGACUUAUCAGAAAUACAGAAACAAUGUCUAACUGAAAUUAAAGGUAUACUUUUAGUUAAUUAUAAAAAUAUGAAGUUACCAAUAGAGAAUUCUAAUAAAUUAGAAAGACUUACAAAUGAAAAUGAGAUUUUAGUUAAUCAGUUAAGGCAACUUAGCCAAGAUCUUAUGGAAAAGACUGAGUUAAUUCAAAUAAAAUCUCAAGAACUAGAAAAUAUACAGAAAGACAUUAAAAAGAUGGAUUUAGAAUUAACAGUAACAAGGAUACAACAGAAUAUUGAUAGAGAUAAAUAUGAAGAAAGGAUUUGUAAAUUUGAAAAUCAAAUAGAUGUUUUAUCAAAAAAGCUUGAAAUGGCUAGAUCCAUUUUAAGUAAAUUAUAA